UGCGUCAUCCCGUUUACAUGUCAUUAAGCUAAAGUUAUAUUUAAACGCUUUUGCACAGUUGGUUCUUUGACACUGUGGUGAAAUUACCAGUAGGGACAUUGAAGUGGUUUAAAUGUUGACUGAAUCAUUCUGAAUUACAGUCAGCAGGGGGCACAAGCUGAACACAGCUGUGAUGCAGCCCAACUGGAAGGAAAUUAAAUGUGUUUAAAAAUGUUGAACACAAUUGGAAGUUUCUCGGCAGUAAGAAUAAAGGGUAGUGCCGGUGGCCACGGCUCCGCAUAAAGAAUAACGUUUUCAUUUCCAUGCUCACAUUCACCGAUACGCAGAUUCUCUUUCAUAGUGUAACUGCACUUCUUCAUAUUCCCGUUGUCUAGUUUCCACUUCAAUUUCUUCAAAGUAUAAAAUUGUUUUGAACAACACUAUUUGCCCUCAUGUGCACAGACGUUGUGGCAUUUGAGUCAUGUGAUGUUUACCUUGUGCAAGAGGUGUAAGAAUAGCCUCUCCCACAUGUUUACGGUACUUGGUGUUUAUCUGCCGUGGAUGCUGACGUAUGUCAUAAGACACUUGUGCAACAAGGGAUGAGAAAUGCUUCGUGGAUGAUUGGGAAUUAGACUUUGAAAUCUAAAUUCAUCCGAUUUACAUUAUUGGUAAAAUGUAAAAUCCAUCGUUCAAGAAAUGACUCAUGCAAUUUAGUUCCCAUAAGCACAAGUACAGGGGUGUAGACUGUAUUCACCCUUUGUUUUGAUUCAUUAAAGACCAACCUCUGAUGUUUGGGGGGUAAAUCACAUGGUUAUAUAUAUCUCAGACAGCUAGACCAUUUACUGUGUCUCUCCCCUACUCUCUCACCCCAUGUCCUGUUUGACCUUCACUGUAUCAACCAAAAUAAAGGUUUAAUAUCCACCAAAAAAUAAGCUAACAUAUGUCACAUUCACUUUUGUAAAAAUCCUCUGGAGUUCUCUAAAUAGCCGGUGCUUUACAAACAGCAGGGAAGUCCAAACAAUACAUUUGGCCUCAAACCUGCCAAAACACUCAAAUUAGUAAUAAGUGUAUUAAUUACAUUUAUGAACCCUUAUCCAGUAAAUAGAUCUUUGUUUUCUUAAAUAAAUAAGGAAACUACUCAAAUGUACAUAAUCAACAAUCAACAACCACAACCACGUGGUCACAGGAUGUUGAUGUUGACUGGUUUAGCUCCCGAUCCCAGGUAAACCAGUCACGUGGGUCCUGUUUGUCUCCGAUCGGUCCCCAACUUCUGUUGCUGUUAGAUAGGGACACGGUGCCCAGUGGACCAUCUGACACAUGCUACACUGGGUGUGUGUGUGUGUGGGGGGGGGCAUUUCUGUGAAAAGGUCCAGGGCCAGCAAGCAGGCAGGAAUGUGUGCUCUGGUUGGUCGACAGGAUUGGGUGUCACCAGCUGUGAGGGGCUGGUAUAAAGGGCAGAUCUGCUAGCUCGCAGCCAGAACAGAUAGCAGCUCUAUCACAGGCAACACUAAGGAGAAGUCUGCCCUCGGCCUUUCUGACUCUUUUAACUCGACACAGAGUGAAUAGUCGGGCGAUUAGGAAUCUUACAGCUGUAAGCAAAGACUUCCACAAUGGACGUUCAGAGGACAGGAACUAUGGUCCGGCCCCCGAGCCCCAUGGAUAGCCUGGAGAAGCAGCUGAGCUGCCCCAUCUGCCUGGAGAUGUUCACCAAGCCUGUGGUCAUUCUGCCCUGCCAGCACAACCUGUGCCGUGGCUGUGCCAGUGACCUCUAUGACUCGCGCAACCCCUACCGCUUUUCAGGUGGUGUCUUCCGAUGCCCUACGUGCCGAUUUGAGGUUGUGCUCGACCGCCAUGGCGUCCACGGGCUCCAGCGCAACCUAUUGGUAGAAAACAUUAUUGACAUCUAUAAGCAGCAGCAAGAAGGCAACGGCAGUGGAACUACAGAAACUACCAUUAAGCCCAAAGAAUCCAAAGAGCCCAUGUGCCAAGAACACGAAGAAGAGAAAAUCAACAUCUACUGCAUCACCUGCAAAGUGCCCACCUGCUCCAUGUGCAAGGUGUUCGGUCAACACAAGGACUGCGAGGUGGCACCUAUAGCGAGUGUGUACCAGACACAGAAAACUGAACUGAGCAACGCUAUCGAUACCCUGGUUUCCAGCAAUGGGCGUCUACAGGCUCUUCUCAACCAGAUGGAAGACGCCUGCCGUGUGGUGCAGGAGAACGCUCAGCGUGCGAAGACCGGCUUAGCUGAGCGCUUUGACCAUUUGUAUGCUGUUCUCGAAGACCGCAAGAACAUUCUCCUAGAGCAGAUUAGUAAAGAGCAAGAUGAGAAGGUGGCCGCUCUCCGGGCUCUGGCUCAACGUUACGGUGAACGACUGCUAUCGAGCACGGAGCUCACCGACACGGCCGUGAGGGCGCUGGAGCAAAGUGGUAGUGCCGAGUUUCUCGUAGCUUCCAAGGGCCUCAUCCUGCAGACGAAGGACGCAGCCAAAUGUUCGCUCGGGGAGGAGAGGCCAGAGCCCGGCUUCGAGAAGAUGGACCACUUCACUUUGUCGACGGAGCAUGUUGAAGCAGUCCUGGCAAAGAUGGACUUUGGAGUUUGUGAAGAUGAGGAUUUCGAAGAUGCAGAGGAGGAGGAAGAAGAAGAGGAGGAGGAAGAGGAGGAGGAAUAAUGAAUAUUCAAAGUGUUAUGGGACUUGUAGGAAAUACUGAAAUAUGUCCUUCAAAGGGAUUUAAGGUUAAUGAAGGGACUGUGUUUAAUGUUAAGGGAAAUAUAAGGGGACAGGUUGUGUGCUACAAUGGCAUGCCCUUAAUUCAGUGCAAUAUUUGAUGUCAAUGUUAUAUUUGUGUAUUUUUAUACUUUUGUACUUCUGAACCAUGUAAAUUGUGACAUGUGGUUGAGUCGUGAACAUAUAGAAUGCCUGAAAAGGCUCACACCCAAUUUCCUCAAAUGAAGCUUUUGGGAAAUAGUUGUAGUAAUUUUUUCUCAUAUUGUCAAGAUUGUGUUGAAACUGUUUCCAUGUCUGCCUUUAAGUGAACAUUGGAAUAAAACUGCAUGAAUUUAAAGAA